AUAAGAUAGUGGUUCCACAUAUCUCAAUCUAGUACAUUUUGAUAAUACGGCAUUAGUAUUCAGAAAUGACUCCAUUUCUAGUAGCCGCGUUUCAUCUUCUCUUGGCCGGUACAUCAUGCCAGGCUGCUUUGACUGAACUCGAUGCAUAUUCUUUGCAGGAGUUCGAUAAACUGGUUCGCCAGAACCUGGUGUUUAUGGUGGUAGAUCGAGUCAACGGUACCAUUUCCGAACAGAGACAAAUGCAGCAUGACUGUGCAAGUCUUGUCAACCAUACGGCGGAUAACUGUAAAUCUUGUGAAAGCCACACCCCAACAAACCACCAAGUCGGCAAUCCUCUUGAGCAGGUGAUACCCAUAAUUCUCGAGCCAACUGUUUCCGCGGGAAAAUUUUUGGAACAUGUCGCAAACACUGUGGCGUCACCAGAGAGCCUCAAGUUACUGGGGAAAAAAGCAACAAAACUUGUAAAUGAUAUUGGAAGUGUAGCACAAAAUGCUGGAAGCUCUCUGCUUGACGGUGCCAAAAGCGCAUACUAUUCAUCAAUAAACGGUCUCAAAGACUUUGGUAACAAAUUAACAUCUCUUACCUCCGACAUCGGAACCUCUUUGAAAUCCGCCGCGGGAAGCCUGGAUCACCUAUUCACUGACCAGAUCGGCGGGUCCCUGUCAAAUGUCGGCACCGGUUUAGUGGACGGGGCUAAAGACGUGUGGGGUAGCAUCUCUAGCGGAGCCACAGACGUGGCCAACAGCAUAUCAAGCGGAGCUAAAGACGUGGUCAACACUAUCGGGAGUGGAAUUAGUAGCAUUGGUCACAGCAUUGGUCACAUCUUUGGAAGAAAACGCUCCGCCUGUCCCGACUGUGAUAAGAUCAACAGUCAAAACGGAGACGAGAUAGUGUCCAAUGUGUGUGGGUCCGACUUCAUGACUCGCCACAAUGCCGUCCUCACUGAAAUCAACCACAUGAGAGAUAUAUAUUCAGCUGCUGUCAACACCACUAUUAUACAAAAGGUUGAAUAUGACCCAACCUCCAUUGAUGUCACUCAUGGAGUGCAGUUCAAGGUCGUUUAUAUCACGUACUCGGUUAACGGACAUAGCAGACGAUACAGGCCCGCCUCACCCCUCCGACUCACGGACCUCCCAACCAUGGCCGAGGGGGUAUCCAUGGAAAUCUAUGAAUCCUAUAUAUAAUCGAGUCCCAUCAUUUGAUGUCCUAGUGAUUUUUAUGUUAAAAAUGAUUCAAUAUUAGUAAAAUAAUAUUUGAAUAAAACUUACAAAAGGAACAA